GCCGGACCAGUCUCUCUCUCUAUUCACUGGCGAGAGGAGCGCAAGCUGAAACAUGACAGCCGGCGCGAUGCGGUAAUGGCGCGAAACACUUGAGGAGCGAACACUGGGUGCGACCGAGUGCGUUCGCCAGCGAUGAUUCCGCGAUCCUCGAUAAGCCACAGUAAAACGAAUCGCGAUAGAUCGUUUUCCGGACGCGAGCUCGUCGUCCUUAUGAUUGCACGCGUCGUUUGGUGAACUAAAACCGCGGAAACAGCCGGAACGAUGUACGGCAUGCUGUUGGAGAGUGCACAGCACUUCGUCCAGUUAGAAUACGGCGAGGAUGUCUGGCUUCGCGUGUUGGAAAGGGCGGAUUGCAAGCAUAUGGUUUUCAACACGCGACAGACCUAUCCCGACGAGCUUAUGACCAAUUUGGCUGCUGCGCUGGCCGAAUUCACCGGCGAGACCAUCGACGAUGUGAUGCAAUUCUUUGGAAAAUGUUUCGUUCGAUUUUUUAGCAACCUAGGAUACGCCUGCAUGAUAAAAGCCACCGGUCGUUAUUUCUGCGACUUUCUUCAAAACGUCGACAAUAUUCAUAUGCAGAUGAGAUUUACGUAUCCGAAAAUGAAAAGUCCUUCGAUGUACACCACGCACAUCGACCCUCAAGGCGUGGUUCUAGUCUAUCGAAGCACUAGGCAAGGUUUCACGCAUUACCUUAUGGGUCAGCUGUUGCACAUAGCGAAAGAGCUUUACGAGAUAGAUUUGAAUAUAAGUGUAUUAGGAAGUUCAAACAAUAUACCUGGGUCCAGGAGCGUAAUGGUUAAGUUCAGGAUCGAUUUUGACAAUCGUGAAUACAUCGCGAAGAACACCAGAAUGAAAGCUCCGCUUGGCCGCGAAUUCGCACCGGUGUCGAUCUCAUUCCUGUUGCGCCUUUUCCCAUUCGGGGUGGUAAUCAACAAGGACAUGCUAAUAUUGGGAACCGGUGACAAAUUGCUGCAAGCGUGGGGCGGUAGUUCCAUCCUGAACAAGCACAUCACGGAAGUCUUUAAGCUUCGUAGGCCUAAAGGAAUAUCGUUCACAUGGGGAAACGUGAUGUACUUGCAUUCGGUGAUGUUCGAGUUAGAAUUAAUCAGAUUAAACGACAACGGUGCACCGCCGAGUACAGACAAUACCCCGGGUACUAGUUCGGGAUUGGACAGACGAGGUAGCCAAGGAGCCAGAAGUAUACUUUUAAAAGGGCAGAUGAGGUACAUCGACGACAUCAAAGCAAUCAUUUUUUUAUGUAGCCCACUAAUUAACAGUUUAGACGAACUACUUAACAUGGGCCUGUACCUGAACGACCUGAAUCCGCAUGGGCUGAGCCGCGAAUUGGUGCUCGCCGGAUGGCAACAUUGCGGGAGAUUGGAAAUGAUGUUCGAGAGGGCUGAGCAGAGAUCGACUGAAUUGGAGAACAGCUACGCGUUGCUCGACCGAUGGAAGAAUAAAAGUGACGAGCUUUUAUACUCCAUGAUCCCUCAAACAGUUGCCGAUCGGUUACGUGCUGGCGCGAGUCCCUUGAGCACUUGCGAGUCAUUUGAGUCGAUAUCCGUGCUAUUCUGCGAGCUUUACGACUUCGAUUAUUCGACGAUCGAAGGUGCGAUGGACGUUGUUUCUUCGAUGAACGCCGUUUUUUCCUGCUUCGAUUCACUGAUGGACGAGUUCAACGUGUACAAAGUAGAGACAGUGGGUCGGAUUUAUAUGGCAGCCAGCGGUGCACCGGAUAGAACAGAGAGUCAUGCGCAAAAUAUCGCAAACGUAUCCUUGGAGCUAUUGAAACACGUUCGAUCCCUCAAGCUACCGUCUGGUCUCGAUAUUCAAAUCCGUAUAGGAAUCCAUUCCGGGCCAGCUGUGGCCGGUAUUGUUGGCAUCAAAGUGCCCAGAUAUUGCUUUUUCGGCGACACGGUGAACACGGCCUCAAGAAUGCAGACUACCAGUUUGCCAGGCAAGGUGCACAUUUCAUCAGAUACUAAAGCAUUAUUGCUAGCCGAUCGCUACCACCUUGAAUCACGCGGUUUGGUGUGGGUCAAGGGAAAAGGUAACAUGGAAACCUAUUGGUUGUACGAUAAAACGGACAAGGACGUUAAACCGACGGAGGAGGACGCCGCCAGGCCUGCGGGACUUCUAGUCACUGACAUUUAACGCGUGAUUUAAGAUCAAGCUUUAAGUGAUUCUAUCGAGCCAAGAAUUAUAGUGUUGUGAAAUAUUGCAUAGAAUUUUGCAAACCUAAAGUUUCACGCAACAUGAUUCAAUAUUAUGUAUUCAAUUGAACGAAACAGGUAUUUAUGAAAUAAUUGCAUCACUAUAAUUCUCUGUUCGUUAUUUAUAAAACGGAUUGUUGUGACGGAAACAAUCGAACGAGAUCUGACAAAACAAUCAAACAUCAUUUUACUGACGUGCAAUAAUGCGUAUCGAGCGUGCAUUCAUAUAUUAUAGGAAAUCAUCCAGAGUUUCUUAGUUUCACAGCGAAAAUGUAGACAUAUCACAUAGUUAUAGAGCACGUGUACACGUAAAUACGUUUACUCGAAUAUUUUUAAGUAGUGCUCGCACUUAGGUUCUCAUAAAUUAUUUAAUAGCUGCGAUCACAAUGAUACGUCGAUCGACGACAAACGAUACACGAUUAUUUUCUGAGAAACGAAAUUCUCCCUGAAUUGAACAAUAAAUGAACCGUGUUUCUCGAUUUA